UUCCACGGCUGUGGGCCGAGGACGAGCUGCUGCGAGAGGAGGCAUCUAAGUGCUGCUGAGAAACAGUGCUAUUCGAGCAGUCAUGAAGACGGUGUUUGUAACUGUCGGCACUACGAGCUUCGAUGACCUCAUCGGAGGCAUCACGUGUCCGGAGACCGUUCAGGUUCUAAAGGCUCGUGGAUAUGAGCGUUUGGUUCUUCAGGCUGGAAGAGGAUCUAUUCUUCCAGCUGCUGACAGCUGUCCACACAUCAGACUGGAGGCUUAUCGGUUUAAAGACUCUAUAGCAGAGGACAUCAAGCAGGCUGACCUCGUCAUCAGCCAUGCAGGAGCAGGAAGCUGUUUGGAGGCGCUUGGCGCAGGAAAACCUCUGCUGGUCGUCGUCAAUGACAAACUGAUGAACAACCACCAACUUGAGAUGGCGAGACAGCUGCACAUGGACUCCCACUUGUUGUACUGCACAUGCAGCACCCUGACAGAAACCCUGAGGACGAUGGAUCUCUCUGUUCUUCAGCCCUUCUUGCCCGGACAGCCCAAGAAGUUUGCAAAUUUCCUCGACAAAGCCCUUGGUGUUCAGUGAAACUUUAAUCUGACUGCUUGUUUUCUGUUUAACUGAAGUGUGAUGACCUUUAGAAUAUCCUGUUUGAGUAGGUCAUGAUACUAGUUUCUUCACUGUGAUUGCAGAGCACAGCUGAAAUAUUUUUGUAUGCAACACUAAUAUAUAUCUUAUUUAAAAUC